AUGCAGUAUGACCGCGGUAACAAUGCACAUGGUUACGAAGGUGUUUCUGCCAUCGACAGUAAGACCAGCUCAAGGGGAUUCGCUGCAAUUAUAAGUGAACCCCUUCAACGUUUCGACAAGCAGUCCCAGGUUGCCACCGCCAUGGAGUUGGAGCACACCAUCGGCUUUUCAGCGGUACCGAACGCUAUCCACUACCACCCGUCGGGUCGAGACUACGUGUAUCCUGCCGGUGGAUCAGUAUUGUUGACAUCCUUCCAAGAUGCGCAUAGCCAACUCUUCCUUCGUGGCCAUGGGGACAAUGUAUCGUGCAUCGCGAUGUCUCCUUCAGGAAGAAUUCUAGCUUCGGGCGAACGUGGCAGACGAGCCGAUAUCCUCGUUUGGGAUUACUCAGCUCGGAGACUUGCUUUCCGACUAUCCGAGCACGACGCAGGUGUCGCUGCCCUGGCAUUCUCGGAUGACGAGCGACUACUGUGCUCUGUGGGGAUACCAGAGGACGGACCACGGCUGUACGUCUGGGACGUCUUGACUGGUAACAUCUGCGCCACGCACCAAAAGAUUUCAAAUAUCGUCACUGCAGUGGCAUUCGGAGGCAUGGCACGCGACGUAAAGCGUCGAGAUACAGCCAACUACCAGUUUGCAACUGUCGGACAUCGAUUACUGCAGCUUUGGGUCCUCAAUCCAGUCACAGGAGAGCUCACGCAACACAAAAUCGAGCAGACACUCGUUCGUGAUUACACGUGUGUGCAGUUCUCUCCUGACCGCGAAGUUCUGGUGGCUGGCAGUUCUAGCGGCGAUUUUUGCGUUGUCACAGUGAAAACUCGACAGCUAGUUAAGGUGAUUCCAGCAUGUUCCUGCGGUGUGAACUCCAUUGUGUACUCUGACAGCGGUAUCCUCGUGGGCGGUGGUGACGGGAGUGUUCUUCAUUAUGAUCACCACUUCAUUGAUACUUGCCACGUCGCACUUGACAGUGGCGUCGUCGGGUUGACCCUCAACGCAGCACAGAACGAAGCUGUCGUUGGUACUCAAGCUGGUAGUAUUUUCACUGUUCGGCUUGCAUUCGGCACGUCACAACGCAGUCUGCAGGCCAGAUUACUGUCCGAAAACCACUCGAACGCUGUCGUGCAGGUAGCGUACGCUCCCGAUGUGUCCGACCGCUUCGCUACCAUCUCUCGAGACUGCACCAUUCGUAUCUGGGAUGCGUCGGACUACAACGUUGCUACCCGCUGCUUCGUCGGCGAUGCUGGCGCUCCCUCAUCCCUUCAUUAUUCGCUAGACGUGCUCAUUUCAGGCUGGACGGACGGCUGUAUUCGGUCUCAUAGCAGUGAUUCGGGUGAGUUCGCCUGGUCCAUCGAUAAUGCGCACACUGGCGGGGUCACAGCACUUGUGUUAAGUCACAAUCAGCGGUUCAUCGUGUCUGCAGGAGUCGGAGGUGAGGUGCGCGUGUGGGAUAUUCGCAAACGUGACUUGGUCUCACACCUCAAGGAGCAUUCGAUGGCUGUCACGAGUCUGGCCUUGUAUCGUGACGACCUGCACGUGAUUUCUUGCAGUCGAGAUCGUAGUUUGCUCUGCUGGGAUCUGCGUAAUGAGCGUAGAAUUUCAAGCCACAUCCAGCGUAUGGGCGGGAUCAACACCGUAGCGCUGUCGGCGGACCAGCGUCUAGUGUUGAGUGCUGGUCAGGAGAAACGCAUAUCAUACUGGGAUCUGCGCAUCGACACACCAGUGACAGUGAUCCAGAAAGCCCACAACGAAGAAGCCACGUGUAUCGCUGUAGCACACAACCUCGAAGUGUUCGCUACUGGCGGCAACGAUCGGCUGGUGAAACUCUGGGAUUUUAACACCAACCAGUUGAUUAUGGACGGCGUUGGGCACUCAGGAAAUGUUCGUGGUCUGGCCUUUAGUCCGGAUGAUCGGCAACUUGUCUCGGUCGGUGACGACGGCUGCGUAUUCGUCUGGAACCUGUACACAGAGCAGUGA